AGGAAUAAGAAGUGACCCCAACGACCCCUCAUCCAGAAAACCAGAACAACAGAGACGGACAGGUGUGUGCGUCUGCAGCAGCCUGAUGGAAGGGGUGUGUGAAGAUGAUCUCUGCUGGCUGCAGCUCGAUGAUUUCAGGAUGUUGUUGAUUAAAACCAUCGACCCGUCCAGGAUCACACCUUACCUCCGUCAGUGCCAGGUGAUCAGCGCUGAGGAUGAGGAGCAGCUCUUCAAUGACCCGACACUCGUCCUCAGGAGGAGAAAAGUUGGAGCUCUGCUGGACACCCUGCAGAGGACAGGUAUGAAAGGUUACACCGCCUUCCUGGAGAGCCUGGAGCUGGACUACCCUCAGCUGUACCGCCACAUCACCGGGAAGGAGCCCAACAAGACCUUCAGCAUCCUCAUCGACACAGCAGGGGAAUCCGGUCUGACCCAGUUCUUGAUGUCGGAGCUCAGCCGGCUGCAGAGGGCGCUGCAGGACGAGAGGAGGCGCCGCCAACAAGCGUGCUCUGUUGCUAAGGAACAGAAGGAGAGGUCUCGCCAGCAGCAGCUGAAGGACCGCGAGCUGAAGAAGCUGACUGAGCGCGUGCAGAAGAUCCUGGAGGAGCGGGAGCAGCUGAACAAGGAGCUGAAGCAGCUCCGAGAUCACAACUACAGCCUGAUGGCCGACAUCAACAGUCUGAACCAGGAGAAGAGCAACGCCCUGCUGGCCAACCGAGACCUGCAGAUAGAGAGCAGAAACCUGUCAUCAGACACCCUCUUCCACUGCAAAACACAGGAGGAGCAUAAGGAGGAGAAGCAGGAGGAGAUACAGAAGGAGGAGAAGCAGGAGGAAAAGGAGGAGACCCUGAAGGAGCCGCAGCAGCGUCUCGUGUGUCGAGCUUCUCCUCAGAUGAACCUCCUGACCACCAUGUUCAGACUGAGGAGAGAACUGCACCGAGCUGAGGAGCAGAAGACCAAGAGCGUGGAGGAGAAGGAGGAGCUGGAUCUCCGCUGCGCUCAGCUGAAAGGAGACGUCAAGAUGUACCGGCAGCAGAACAAACAGACGCUGCGGCAGCUGGAGGAGGUGAUCAGGGAGAGAGACAAGGCUCUGGUGUCUCAGGCGCAGCAGCAGGAGGAGGUGCGCCUGCUCCUGCAGGAGAAGGAUCAGUACCGGGAGCAGGUCCGGCACCUCGCAGAGAAAUCUGACAAGAUGGAACUCCUCCUGCUGAGGUCUCAGGGGGAGGAGCUACAGCUGAGGACACGCAUCCGCAGGAUGACUUACAACUCCCAACAGUUUGAAAGGAGCGUCAGCAGCGAGGAAGAGGAGGAGCCCACUGAGAGCGCCUCUAAAGGCAGCAGUGAGGAGGUGCACAGUGGGACGUCAGGAGAGAACGAGGAGGUGGUCCUCCAGCAGCAGGAGCACUGUUCUCCUGUAGGAAGAGCCAGAGAGGCCGAGCACAGGCCCAGCAACACUGCAUCAUGGGACAAGCAGACGGAGGACUUGAUCUCCUCCAUGACUCGGUCCAACUUUUGUUACCGCAGGAAGCGAGCCCUGAGGUCAAAGUUCAACAGUACUGAGUACGUAGGCAAUACCCUGGACGAGAGCAGCGGCAGCGAGAUCACCGAGUCCGACUGAGGUCACGGGACGAGUCUGAAGGGUCGGCCUGAAACCUCCCAUGAUGCUUUGCUCCUGCUCUGACCUGUGGAGCAGAAACCAGAUGUUCCAGCUUAACAUCUGUUCCUGUCGUGUUUUUCUUCCUGGUAUCAAAUCAGAUCUGAGCUUUUUCUGCUUCAAAUCAGACUUUUUUUCAGUUUCAGAAAAAUAAUAAUAACUAGAGAAUUUGCAUUUCCUGGUUCAGAGCCUCAGGACCGCUGCAGCUCAGGGCUUCAAUUUAUUACCUUUAGUUUUUAUUUUAUUACAAAAGUUGCAAAACAAAUUUAUUUCAUGUUUUCGUUUUUAUCAAAGCAUUCAAAAUUUCAGGCUGCUACACAUUAAAAUACCUUUUUCUAUAUAAAUACAGAGAUUUCCGAAUGACUUUUCUAAAGAAGCUGUAAGCUAAAAAGGGCUAGCUAAAAUUAGCAAAAUGUUAGCUUAACUUUAGCAGUAAAACUAGCAGAGGCUGGGUUUCUAAAGGAUUCAAAGGGAUCUUAAUGUAGUUUUAAAAAUAAUUUGUUGAAUAUUAAUAAUUUUACAAAGAUGAAAUCACAGCUGGUCUCCAGCUGAAUGUUUUCAGGUAUAAACAGCUAAAAUAUAACAGAGAAGCUAAACGUAAGAAACAAAAAAAGGAGUGAAUCUGCCUGAAUAUUCAGACAGUAACACUGUGACCACACGUUGUUGGAUGUGCUCAUGUGAGGUGAUUUAAUUUGUUCAAACCAUGUCCGACACGACAAAGUGUUUAACAAAACAUCAAGUCAGCAGCUGAAAAAACAAACUAUAUGUUUCAGAUUAACAAAGAUUUUAAUGUUUUAAACUUAUUUUUUC